ACGCCAACCAUAUGGGACGCCCUGCCCUAAAUACCACUCCGUGAAGUCGUUGUUUUGCAGUAAUGAAUCAUGUCUAGUUUCGCGGACGAGACGGCAGGCGACGCGCCAGUCAGGGACACAUCAUCAUGGAACUUCGCUGGACCAGAACAACUGAGCCUUCAGAAUGCCAAGGCCAGGCAAGCGGUGUCCAAAAUCAGCCGGGAGGAGCUGGAGGAUCGUUUCCUGCGGCUGCACGAGGAAAACCUUCUGCUGAAACAGCAUGGGCACAAGCAGGAAGACAAGAUCAAGAGGAUGGCCACUAAGCUGGUGCGGCUGGUGAAGGACCGUAAGCGCAUGGAGCAGACGUCAGCGGGGGCGGCCCAUGUGUCGGGACGGGACGUGGAGCUGGAGGAGAUGAUCGAGGAGCUGCAAGAGAAGAUCCGUCAGCUGGAGAGGCAGAACGAGAGCCUGAAGCAGCGUCUGCUGACGGCCAAGCAGCAGCUUCAGGUGCAGAGCCGCAGGCCCACCCCCUACGGCCACAUCCAGCCCCGGGUCAACAGCGGUGCCCGCGGCAGGCCACACAGGGACGACCUCAGCACCUCCACCCAAGACCUCAACAUCCCCACCAGAGGCAGCAGGAGUGGAGAUGUGGACAUGUCCGCCCGCCCUCCCCCAGGGCUGCUUCCACGCUACGGACACAGCCUCCUGGAGGACGCCAGAGCUGAGAUACGAAACUUAGAAAAUGUGAUUGAGAACCAGAGAGCCCAGAUGGAAGAGAUGGACAGAAUAGCAGAAGCUUGCCGAGACCAGCUCAGGAGGAAAGAGAGAGAGUACGAGGAAUCUCUCCUCCAGCUGAGGGCACAGCAGACCAGUGGACAGAGGUCAACGAUUAAGGAUAACGUCGAGCUGAUCAAACUUCAGAAGCAGCUGGCUGAGAAGGGAAAUGCAUUUAUUGUACUGGAAGAAAAGUUUUUACAACUUCAAGAGAGCCAGAAGAGCUUAAAGGGCAGCCAUGACCUGGUGAUGGGGAAGGUGGAGGAGCUGAAUAGCCAGCUGAAGGAGGAGAGACUAAAGAGCCUAGACCUGGACGCCAAACUACAGCUCAAGGUGCUGGAGCACCGGAGGCUGGAGGAGUUGAAAGACCACAUUGGGGACCUGGAAAAAGAGCGAGAUCUACUGAAAGAAAACUGCGAUAAGCUAUUGAAAAGUGCCUUUGAUGUAAGUCAGGACCAAUCAUGGAAGUCGAGGGAGCAACAGCUUAAACUUCAGAUUGCCCAACUUGAGAUGGCCCUGAAAUCAGAUCUGACCGAGAAGAACCAGAUUCUGGAUAAGAUCAAGGCAGAAAGAGAAACAUGUGAGGCUCUAUCUCAGGAAAAUGCCCAGCUCCAACUGCGUUACCUGGAGCAAAAGAAACAACUAGAGGAGCUUCAAGAUCGCAUGAAGUUCUUCACAAAUGAUAAAGAGAUUGAUGCUGCAGACCUGACUGAGGCUCUGAUGCUAAUUAAGGCCCGUAAAGUUCAGAGGAGUGGCAAUCUGGAUUUUCUGGAGAAAGAUCCCCAUGCGGUGAAGAUGGAUGUGGACCGCUCCAUGAAAGAGUUGCAGGUGACCCACGCGGAGACCGUUCAAGAGCUGGAGAAGACUAGGAACAUGCUCUUCAUGCAGCACAGAAUCAAUAAAGACUACCAGGCUGAGGUUGAGGCGGUCACUCGUAAACUAGACGACUUGAAGCUGGAGAGUCAAACAAAGCAUGAGAAGCUUGCCCACCUCUUAGACACGAGAGCGGCUAAAAUCAAGAAACUGGAAGCUCAGCUCCGUGACGUGGCCUACGGCACCAAAUCCCACGUCUUCCGACCUGACGUGACCGGCGAGGACACCGCCACCGCCGACGAGUUUGACGAGACGGUGGACCUGGCGCGAGGGGAGAACCUCCUGGAGAUCCACCUGGGCAAGGCCCACCUCUCCCCCGAGGCCCUGGCCAGCCUGCAGGACCCCGAGCCCUCCACCUUCUGCACCUACGCCUUCUACGACUACCAGAUCCAGUCCACGGCGGUGGUGCGCGGUGCGCGGCCGGCCUACGACUCCACCUCGCGCUACGUGGUGCGCAUGGACGACCACCUGCUGCAGUACCUGCACACCAGCAGCCUGGAGGUGGAGGCCCAGCUGGCCCAGGGCCUGGACUACCGCACCCUGGCCACGGGACACCUGAGGCUCAGCCAGCUGCUCGACCGCCAUGGGAAGGUUUUCGGCACCUUACACCUCGUGGGUGUUGAGGGGGAGCCCGAGGCCUUCGGGACGCUGGAGUACUGGCUGAGGCUGCGGGUGCCAAUGGAGCAGUCCAUCCGCCUCUACAAGGAGCGCAUCAAAGCCAUGGGCUACCUCAGCACCAGUGCCAGUGAAGGCAUUCAGAGUGCCACCCCGUCCCCUCUCUUCGUCCCCAAGGGCAGCCUAAACGAGCUGUACGUCACCGUCCGUUGUUGCAGCAACCUGACCUGUCCCGAGCCCGCCCGCCGCCAGCCCAGCCCCUAUGUCGUCUAUAAACUCUACGACUACCCCGACCAUGACACGGCCAUCAUCCCCAGCAGUGACCAGGCCUACUUCGACGACUGCAGGGCCUUCCCGCUGGAGAUGGACGCCGACCUGGACCGCUACCUGCGCACGGAGACCCUGGCCCUGUACGUGUUCGACGACGAGGACCAAGGGGAGCAGCUGUACCUGGGCAAGGCCACCGUGCCCCUCCUGUCCCUCGCUCAUGACAAAGGCAUCACAGGGACAUUUGAGCUGCUGGAUCCUGCAGGGACCUCUAGUGGCCAGAUCGAGGUAAUGCUGAAGUGGAAGUACACCUACCUACCGCCCCCGGGUUGUGUUGUGACCCCCGAGCAAGCCAAGUUCAUAACCAAAAACACACUCACACCACUAACCUCCAAAGACCAAGACUCAGAUGAAGAGGAUAAGGAGCAGAGAGGGAAUGACACCAAAAAAGACAUUUUGCUACCUCAGAUUGCUCAACGCAGGCCUUCUGUGACUCCCUUACCUAAACCACGACUUCAGAGCACUUUGAAGUCGUCCAGUAAAAAAGUCUCUUUUGUGGAUGUUAGAGCACAGGACCAUGCGGUGGAAGAGGCUGGUCCCUCUGGGUCUGAAGGCAGCACAACCACCACACCAGAGAGCCGGAGUGUGUCUGUAGUCCCACAGGUUGAAAGGGCUGCUGAGGCAUCGCAGCCUGCUGGUGUGGACGAGGAAGAGGAGAGUGAGCAGGUGGCAGAGGAGCUGGAAGAGGACGAAGAGUCCCACUUCUCUGAGGGCCAAGUCAUCGCCUCCAGCUCCCUCUCCAUCUCCGAGGAGUCCGAAAUAUCCGAGGAAUUACCCAAGCAAGAGAUGGAUGAGCCCCGGAUGGAGUCUACAGAUGUGAAUGAAUUGAUCCUGUCGGAUAGUGACGACUGUAUCGUUCCAGCUCACAGCACACAGCAUCGGAAACAGCCUUCGGAGCGUAUCCGUGUGGAGGUGGUGUCUCUGUCCCUGCGUGACGGUGGCAGGGUGGCAAGUGACCGCAGCAUCAGGCGGCUGUUUGUGGAGUACUCCGUGCUGGACCUGCCCUCAGUGGAGACGCCCCUCUCCCUGCCCAAACCCCUGCCUGGACACACCAUUCACUACAACUACAGUAACGUGAUUCAUGUGGACGUGGAGAAGAAUCAGGCGAGGAGACAGGCUCUCAGGGCCAUGCUGGACGGCAGAGCCAAGCACCACGAGAGCAUCAGGUUCACAGUGGUGAGUGACCCACCGGAGGAGGAAGAGCAGGAGCAAGAGUGUGAGGAUGUUGGCGUGGCCUAUCUGAGGAUUCCGGACAUUCUGGAGAAACAACAGGACAUGAUGGACGUCUCACUAAACAUUGUUGACCCUGUGGACAGCAGUGAGGUGGUGGGCAGCCUGAAGGUGAGCGUGGAAGCGCUGCAUGCCCUCCGCUCCAUCAUGGAGGACCCCGACCACGACCGCCCCACAACCUGACACCAACCCAACAUCGACCAAGAACUGACACCAACCCAACAUCGACCAAGAACUGAAAGCAACCCAACAUCCACCACGACCGCCCCACGACCUGACACCAGCCUAACAUCCACCACGACCGCCCCACGACUUGACACCAGCCCCACAUCCACCACGACCGCCCCACGACGUGACACCAGCCCAACAUCCACCAAGACCUGACACCACCCCAACACCACCGCCCCACGACCUGACACCAGCCCAACAUCCACCAAGACCUGACAUUAACCCAACAUCCACCACGACCUGACACCAUCCCAAAAUCCACCACUACCUGACACCAACCCAGUAUCCACCAACUACCACCCCAUGACCUGACAUGACCAACAGCACAACCCCGAUUUCCACUACUUGACACAACAGCACCACGACCCUCCCCCCUCCACUCUGGAUACCAAACUGUUAAGGAAAUUAAUUAUGACUAAUCAAUUUGACAAUGAGACCACGACAAGUUCGAUCAAAGUGUAAUAGCUUUCGCGAAAGGGGGAGAGUACAAGAUUGCAGAGAACUUGCUCUUUUGGCUUUCAGAAUACUCUCUCGUCUCCCCCUCCAGCGACGGUUGUAUUUAUUAAAAGACGGGGAUGGGAAUUCAAAGAAAUCACAUUGUUUCUCUUCAGAGGCAACAUACAAAUGUAGCAUCCUAAUCACAUUGUUCCCUGGUGAAAUCAUCUAGGCCUAGGGAGCAGAGUGUAAUACAAAGGGAACAGGCAGUGUGAAACAGCAUAUAAAGAAACAAUAUAAAGCAAAGUCUUUUGCUCCAGAUUAUAAUUAUUUCGACACAAACCCUGAUGCUAACACCACCCCCUGGCUACCUCCUUGCAACCAGCACUUCCACUUCUGUCCAACAGACCUCCUCGACCAUAUCACACAUUCCCACCCUACAAACACUGCUGCUAUGGAACUUGUUUUUGUGGAAACAAAAAACUUUUAUGGAACUUGUGAUUGACUGCACGUUCACGCGUGAUGUGAUCUAUGUGUAUUUAAAUUGGAAAAAAAAUGUAAACAACUGUAAAACCAUCUUAAAAAUAUGUGCUAGCAAAAAAAGUCAGCUGCAUAGGAAAUGUAGGACUUAUUUCCUUUUUUGGGAGUAAACUUGCACUACAGUAUAUAAGUAACUUGAUUGUCAUAGUAGUUGGAUAGAAGAGGCAGAAAAACAGUGCCUGUUAAGUUAACCCAAUUUUAAAAAAUCUAUCAAACAUAUCCUUUAAAAGGCAGAGUAUGUAAUGUUUUUAGUAGUUUAUCACUAGAAUGUACUGUAUACCGCCCAUUCAUAAAUGUUAUCUUUUUCAUGCAUAUCUACCGCCACCAUCAAUUUCCAUCAUCAUUUUAUUAUGACUUGGAAAUGUACACUUUGCAGACAUAAAUACAUGGAUCUUCUUCAUAUCUGCCAUAUUGAAUUACCAGUCAUAGACAUCUUUGACUGCAAAACACACUGCACUGUACUGAUCAAAUGUGUUAAUGGGCAGCUUACAUUUUUGAAAAUAAACCAUUAAAAUUACAUACGGGACCUUUAAGUUGGUUCUAAGCAGCACUUCUAGAGUGUGGUUACCACGGCACCCCGCCGCUAAGUGGCAUGUAAUGGUGCUAAUUCUCCUAAUGAAAGGUCCUGUGCAUUAGUUCUGCCCGAGGCGAAAACGCUUUUGAUGCCAGCGCCGGCUCUCGCUCUCAUUAUCGCGGCUUAAUGAAAUGCUUGAUAGGCCUUAUUAGUGCAUUUGCCACCAAAUGCUCUUAUUUAUUCAAGAUGCCAGAUAAAAGAUGGAUUUGGUGUAAAUAGGAUUUAACAUAGCUGCUUAAGAUGCUAAUUUAGGUCUUUAUAAACCAUUCAAGCCCAUUAAGCAUUGAAUACAUUUAUUUCUACCCGUAAGAAUUUGGGGGAGUUAAUUUUCAAACGCCUCUUGAUCAUGAAUGUCAAGGAAUAUUGGUGCAUGUCAGUAACACUGUGUGAGAGUUUUUCUUGUUUAUGUAAGGCUGUAGAUAUGUACUGGUACUCAAAGAGAUAUAUUUUCACAUAUUUUUGAGCUAUGAAAUCUGUGAUUAGGAUGAAUUCCAUAGCACAUUUUAAUAAAUUUGUACACUGUGUGUCAAGAGUCUCA